GUUUGUUGAAUCGAAUAUUAAACGCACUGUGCUCUGCUAAAACGAAACUAGAUACAAUCAGGAAUUUAAGAUAAUUGGGUUGUUCACGUCUGAUGCUAUGAGUCUCGUCGUGGCAGUGUUGCAUAUAGGGGCGACAGAGUCCCGGUUCGCCUAUUCAUUCCGAUACAAACCAACCCAAAUGUAUACUGAUAACGACUUUGCGAUCCUAAGACAGCCAACAAGUGUCUUGGUAGAUAAGAAUGGGCAUUUUAACGCUUUUGGAAGGCAAGCGGAAAUUAACUAUACGGACACCAAUCAAAAAGACGGAUGGAGACUCUUCGUACGUUUUAAAACGGAAAUGAAAUAUGCAAAGUCCACUGUAAACGACUGCGAAGGACGGACCUGCCCAGCACUUGACAUAUACGCAAUGGCUAUCAAAUAUUUGCAUGGACGUUUUAUGAAGCUUAUUAGAAAUGUGAUGACAUGCUUGUUUGAAGAGUCAGCAGUCCUCUUCGUUAUCACCGUACCUGAUACAUGGGGGAAAAUUGGCAAACGGUUUACAUUGGAGGCUGCUGUAAAGGCGGGUAUCGAUAAAGAUGCAGUCGACUUGGCGUUUGAAUCCGAGGCUGCAGUCAUAUGGUGUAUCACUGCUGUGAAGGAGGGUCAAACACUUCAAUGCCCUGGGCAUAGAUAUAUCGUAAUCAAUCACGAAAGUGACAUCAUUAAUAUCACAGUGCUUGAGACAUCACCCGAAGGCAAAGUAGAAAAUGUAUGUGGUGAAUCAUGUGACGGCAUGUUGGUGGAGCAGUAUUUUGCACAACACUUUGAUCGAAUUUUCGGGAAAGGGAUUUUAAAUAAAUUUCGUCAACAUGAUAAGGUGUCAUAUUUUGAUUUAAUCGAUGAUCUGGCCAAAAAGCAUAACAUUGAUGUACUAUUGACACAGCCUUACAUUCGGUUUCGACUACCGUUAGAUCUAAUCGCAAUCGGGAGCACUAAUUAAAAACACCCUGUCCCUUCCAUACAGGCAGACAAGAUGCGAAUCGGUAUUUCGGAUUUACUGAAAUGGCUUAAAGAUGGUGUUACACGUUUGGUGGAACAUAUCAAAGCUCUUUUGGUAAAAACGCAUCAGAAGGAAAUUGGAUCAGUGCUACUUGUUGGGGGUAUUGCUGAUUCCACGUUUGUUCAAAACGAGUUGAAAACGAAGCUACAUGGAAUUAAUGUUUUAGCACCGGGUGAAGACACAUGGACUUUUGUAAAAGGAUCCUUGCUGUUCGGACAUAAAUCUGUAUCUACCAACAAUAGUGCGAAGAAUGUCAAGAAUAUGCUUCCACCAAACGUGAUUUCAAAGAAAAUCAUGAUCACAAAAGCACAGCUUUCAAACAAGAAGUAUUUAGUCGUUGCUGCGUUUGACUUUGGAACAACAUACAGUAGCUAUGCUUACUCAUAUGACUACAACGAGCAGAAUAUUAAAGCCAAUGACAUAUGGCGUUCAAACGACCCUUCCGCAAGUCUCAAUUCACUGAAAACACCGACAACAGUUCUUCUAGAUAAACAAGGAAAGUUUCACUCGUUUGGAUUUGUAGCUGGAGACGAAUUUGCCCGCCUGAUAGAAGAAAACGUUCAUGAUGGUUGGAGGCUGUAUAGACGGUUCAAAAUGAUUCUACAUAAUAAUAAGGAUCUUUCCCGGUAUACGGAUGUGGAAGACAUUGAAGGAAAGCGUUUUCCAGCGUUAUCUAUUUUUGCCAUGUCGAUCAAGUAUUUAAGACAACACCUACUAGUUGCUAUUCAGCGUCAAAUAAGUGAAAUUCAAGAAAGCAACAUUCUUUAUGUUCUUACUGUACCGGCUAUAUGGGAUGUUGCGGCUAAGCAGUUCAUGGGAGAGGCCGCUGCUGAAGCUGGUAUCAACAAUGACAGACUACUGCUGGCGUUUGAAUCAGAGGUUGCGGCCUUGUGGUGUGUUCGACACUGUAGAAGUGGUGUUCUUCAGUUGAUUGGUUCCAAGUACAUUGUGGUUGACUUAGGAGGAGGAACGGCAGACAUAACCGUGCAUGAACGACAACCGGAAGGUGACGUAAAGGUUAUACACCAACCAACAGGAGGCGCAUGGGGUGGAGUCAAAGUGGAUGAAAAGUUUUUCGAAUACCUCGAAGAUGUUCUGGGAAAAGGUGUUUUAGAAGAAUUACGUAAGACAGAUCUAGAAGAUUAUUACACGUUGAUCAGAGAAUUUGAAAACAAAAAGAGAUCUGAUCCUAUAAGUACCAAUCGCCUCACUACUGUGCGUAUUCCAAGUUCGCUGAUUCAAAUUGCACGCAAAAGACAAAAAGAAAACAGUACUUCUGGAAACACAGAGGCAUUUAGAGCCGACAAACUGCGCAUUGAUUCAUUAAUUGUUAAAGGCUGGUUUGAGACUACAGUUAGACCUCUUCUUACACACAUUAAAAACCUGUUGAUUCAAGAAAAUAUUGCAGAUGUUCGCACAAUUAUGCUUGUCGGCGGGUUUGCAGAAUCCCUAUAUGUUCAAAACAGGCUUAAAGAAGAACUCACUGGGAUAAAUAUUAUUGUCCCUGACGAAGCUGGAUUGGCUGUUGUUAAAGGCGCUGUAAUUUUCGGACAGAGGCCUUAUAUUUUUACAUCACGUGUAUUGAAAUACACUUACGGCAUUGAAGUGUACGAUAAAUUUGAUGAGCGAAUGCAUCCCAAAGAAAAACUGGUGAUAAUGAAUGGAAUAAAGAAAGUAAAAAACUGCUUCCAACCUUUUGUUCGGGCAAAUGAAGGCAUUCCUGCAGACCAUUGCGUAACCCAUUAUAUAACACCAAUGGCUAAUGUUUCUCUGAUUUCUGUGUACAGAUCAGUAUUGGAGAAUCCUAAAUACACGACGGGUGCUGACUGUGAGUACCUUGGAACGUUAAUGAUAGAGAACCCAGAAAGUGUAUCAUUCAGCAAUCAGGAAAAGGAGGUGUCAUUUAUGUUUGGAAAUACGGAAAUAUUGGUGAGUGUAAAACACGUUGAUACUGGGAGGGAAGAAACGCUCAUUUUAAAUUGUCUGUAAGACAGUACGCGGGUCUGCACAUAAUUGUAAACUGAGAACAGCCUUACAUACAGGUAAAUUGUGUGCCUAUAUAUUAAAGUAAACAAGAUUAAUCUGCUUCAGCUUCAAUACAUUUUGCAAUCUUUUUCAUGAAUUCAAAAAAGGUUUAUCAAUCCUGGACCUAGUGAGUUUUCUUAAUACCUUUGUAUUAGAAAAAAACUAUGUAUAUGUAGGUAAGCUGAUUUUCUGAGCACACAUACUCAGAGAUCGUGUUCAGAAAACAAACGGCAGUUAUGCAGUUUUUAAAAAAAGAACGAUUUCACGUCUAUGUUUUUACGUCAAUGAUACUUCUCAUAUACAGAUGUUUAACAAUGCAUUCAUAUUAACCAAUGAUAGUAGCAUAUCAAUCGGUUUAGAGCGGUAUAUGCUUGCCUUUAAAAGCAAAUAAAAAACAUUUACAUUUAAUAAACGAUGUUAAAAAAUGUAGUUGUUAGAGCUUACAACUGAACAUCUUAUAUAUACAUGAAAAUGUUUUGAACAUAUACAUAUUUUUUUCGUGAUUAGACACAAUUCAAUGCUUUUUUAAUGUUUAAUUUUAUGAAUGGACCACAAUUUCAUGUUGUUACUCACAAAAAACAAUUGUAUAUUCAGUUCAAAAAGAAAAUAUACUGGAAUGACGUCACAACAUCGAAACACCAGUGAUGUAUAUUAGCGCCUUAAAAAAUUGCCUGCUUAUAAAUAUACAUUGUUAUAAUAGUAAUGAUAAUGACAACAACAAAAAAAAUACAACAAAAAAUACUUUAACAAUAAUGAUAUCUCCAAUAAUAAAAUAAAAUAAACUACCAUUUUUAUUACAGAAAAAUACUGUAUUUUUA